AUGGCGGACGACAUGGGCUGGGCUGACGUGGGCUAUCACUCCAAUCACGUGCUCACCCCUAACAUCGACACAUUGGCCGCCGACGGCGUAGUACUCGACCACUACUACACGCAACCACUCUGUAGUCCGAGUAGGGGUGCGCUCCUGACUGGUGUACACCCCAUACACACUGGCCUACAGAACAGUAUAAUUGUUCACCAGUCGCCCACUGGUCUGCCCCUACAUUUCAAAUUAUGGCCACAAUAUCUCAAACAACGCCAUAACUAUAGCACACAUAUCGUUGGCAAAUGGCAUUUAGGUUUCGCUCGUAAGGAAUACACGCCCACAUACCGGGGCUUUGACUCACAUGUGGGCUAUUGGGGGUCAUCUGAAUAUUUCUAUAACCACACGAAUUGCUUUAAUAACGUGUGCGGACACGACUUCCGGCACAAUAUGGAUGUCAUAACAAACGCGUCGGACGUCUACUCCACCGACUAUUUCACCGAUCGGUGCCUUCAUAUCAUC